AUGUUCUUCACCAUAGACAAUCAGGGUGCUAUCCGUCUGAAAGACUCAAUCGCAAAUGUCCCUCGAUCCGAGCUGAACUUCAUCGCGAGGGCCGAAGAUUCAAAGAUAUCAAGUACAGUACCGGUCCAUAUUACGGUAACGACAAUGGACGAGAAUACCGAUUUUGAGUUCGAAAAGAGCUCAUAUGAAGUAAAAGUAAUGGAAAAUCUACCGGUGAAUGGAUAUGUGCUGCACCCGAAGCUUGUGAGCGCCAAUUCGAGUGGCGUUGAAUACUCCAUAGAGACCCUGAACGAUGCCACCAUGAUAAAGGACCUGCUUGAUAUUGAUUCAGAUGGGCGCGUUACAAUAAAGGAUGAGUUACAAGGCUAUACAGGGACGCACGAAUUCCAAGUACGUGCUACGAAAGGUGAACGUCGUGCUUCAGCAGAUGUGAAGUUACACAUUCUGGCUGCCUACAAAUGUGUACCAAUGUUUACUGGCGAGCAAAAUAUCGAGUUUACAAUUGAAGAGAACAGCCCUGCCGGUACCGAACUCGGUACCGUAUCGGCCGCAAAACUUGAUAGUAAAUGUGAGCUGAAAUAUCAUCUAUGGGAUCCACACACCUACAAGUACACCAAUCAAACGGAUAUCGCUUCCAUAGACGUCAACAAUGGUCGGAUUCAAACUCGAGUACCGUUUGACUAUGAGGAGAUGUCAAUCUACCCGGUACGGUUGUAUAUGAUCAUUUCAUUGUAA